AUGAUCGACUCGUCGACGGCGACGAUCGAUCGCGCGGAUCCUCACGAGGCCGUGAUCGACAGCUGUUACCAGGAUCUUUUGCUGUUGGCGAACGACAGCAGCGCGCUCUGCAACGGAUUGGACGUACUGAACGACACCGAUCUAGAGGUCGACUCGGUGAACGGGACACGGUUGGACGUUGACGGAUUGAACAAUUGGUGGGCGAUGCUCGCCCUGGUCCUCGUGUUGGGCACAGCAGCCGGGAAUAUUUUGGUGUGCUUGGCCAUUGCCAGGGAGAGGAGAUUGCAGAACGUCACCAAUUACUUCCUCAUGAGCUUGGCAAUCACGGAUUUGCUGGUCGCAGUGCUUGUAAUGCCUCUUGGAAUACUCACUUUGGUCAGAGGAUAUUUCCCUCUGCCGUCAGUUUACUGCCUCGCUUGGAUCUGCCUGGAUGUAUUAUUAUGCACAGCGAGCAUCAUGCACUUGUGCACCAUAAGCGUGGACCGAUACCUCAGUCUACGGUAUCCCAUGAAAUUCGGUCGGAAUAAGACGAGGCGGCGGGUCAUGUUGAAAAUCAGCUUCGUCUGGGUUCUCAGCAUCGCGAUGAGUUUGCCACUCAGUCUGAUGUACUCGAAGGAGGACGACUCGGUGCUGGUGGACGGCGCCUGUCAAAUACCGGAUCCUCUGUACAAGUUGAUCGGCAGCAUAAUCUGCUUUUACAUACCGUUGGGCGUGAUGCUGCUUACGUACGCGUUGACAGUGAGAUUGCUGGCGAAACAGCAACAGAAUAUUGGAGGAACUACUGGCUGGUCCUCCGGAUGGCUGGGUGGCCCGCAGGGCCCAUCUUCGGGAGGCCUGGACAGAAAAGGUACGUGGAAGCGGUUCCUGUUGAGCAAAAGCCCAGCCGGAAGCGGCGGCACGCCGCAGCACACUUCCGGCACGUCGACAGACACCGAGCUGACGACGCUCGACACCCACGAACUCUGGCUUCCGGAGAGCGAGCCGCCGCCCUCGGCCAUGUUCGCCCUUCACGCCUUCGGCGCUGAGAUGCUCAAGUUGUCGAGGGGCCUGGAGGGCAUCACCAGCCCUGGAAGCCCUAUGGCCACGCCGAGGUCCACGCCCCAACACUCGAUCCAGCAGCAUCAGCAACAGUCAGCAUCGCACAGGUGCAGCUUUCGUCACGGGAGCGGAGAGAGCGGCGGCAGCAGCGCUUCCGGUUCCAGGACGAGCCUCUCGAUCCAAGAAGACCUCAGCUCCCCAACGCCGUGGAAGCACCCACGGCGACGCGCGUCCACGUUCAACGAGGCACACUUGGAGAGGAGCGAAUCGGGAUCCUCGCCGAGGAAACGAUCGUUCAGCUUCCACGAGCAGCCGGUGUUCGGCCGCGGCGGUUCCUCCAGGAAGAGCUCCUCGAACGAGGAAACGCCGCAGAGGAAGUCGAGCGACAAGCAGGAGGGCGAGAGCCUCCCCCCACCGUGCACGUGCCCAUAUUUCGGCGAAUCGUCGAGGAGGCCGCCGCCCCAACCGUCGACCGAGAUCGUGAUCGUUUCCAGCGAUACGAUGAAGCCGAUCUCGGGUAAGAAUCUCGAGGCGGCUUUCCUGGGAAGGAGCAACAGCGGCAGGAUGGAGGGGAGCAGAAGCUACGAGCUGAAUUCCGUUGUUACGUGGAGGGGGUGCAGGAGGGGGUCUAGUUUGGGAGGAAGCACGAGGACCUCUCUGCUCGCGUCAAGGCCUGCCCCGAUCCGCCGCGCGGCGACCAUGCGUGCCCACAACGGAGCGGCGAGCGUCAGCUCAAGGCAGAGCAGCAACUCGUCGUCCCCUUGCCCCCACAGAUACCAAACGACGGUGCGCAGCCACCACCAUUCGAGGACGAGCAGCGUGGUGUCACGCAACAGCUCGCGUCACGGGCGGAUCAUCAGGCUCGAGCAGAAGGCCACCAAGGUGCUGGGGGUCGUGUUCUUCACGUUCGUCAUCCUGUGGGCGCCUUUCUUCGUCCUCAACCUGAUCCCGGCCGUGUGCCCCAACUGCGAGAGGCAGAUCGACCACAAGAUCUUCGACCUGGCCACCUGGCUGGGCUACGCCAGCUCCAUGGUGAACCCCAUCUUCUACACCAUCUUCAACAAGGUGUUCAGGCAAGCGUUCAAGAAGGUGUUGCUCUGCAGGUACAGGAAUCAAGCGUGGAGACCGUCCAGGUAGGCAUUCGGCCCCGGGAGACCGGGGAUCGCUGUCACCAGGGUUUAACGUCGACUUCCGGCCGGAAGCGGAGGAACCGCGCUCGAUCGUCGAUUGCUCCUUAACGUGUUGUGAAGAAAGAGGAGAUACUUUGGAACGUAGAUAAGAUUUGGAGAAGAGAAGAUGGUGUCAUAUGAUAAAUCGUUUUCCAGAAAUGAGUGCAGAGUGAUGUUAUUGUUUGAAUUAUUGUGCGACGAAGAAUCGUUUCGUUCGAUCAAAGUAUCGGGGAAUAAUUUUGAAAAUAAUGAAACGAGGGAGAAAGUUUUGAGGAUUGUAUUCGAAUUGAGAUUUUUUUUUUUUUCGUGGAAAGUGACGUGGAAAAUCUUUCGUUUUAUUGAUUAUUUUAUUAGAAAUUUUGAGACGACGGUAUAUGUUGUAAAUUAUCGAAGGGAAGUUGUUGUUCACAAGUGAUCGAAGAGAUGCAAUAAACGUUUCUUCCUCCU